AUGAUGAACAGUACGAGUAGCGGCGGCGGAACGGAUGAUGUCUCCUUGCCGAUGGAGGGCAUGGAAGAAAUGGAGGGCGUGCUGUCGGGCAACAUUGACAUGUCAACCUCAGAGUCACAGGACACGCUGGACGAGCCUGUGUGGGACACGCUGAAGCGAGACUUGGGGCAGAUCAUCAACAAGUUCACGCAUGUGAUUGUGCCGAGGAAGGGAAACCGUGAGCUGCUGCGGAAUUGGGACCUGUGGGGACCAAUGGGCCUCACCAUGACACUUGCUCUGCUACUUCGAGAAACCGCAAAGGAAGACCAACGAACAGAGGUGUUUACAGGCACCUUCUUCAUCAUCUGUGCUGGGUCGGCGAUUGUGACUGUGAACAACCAGCUGUUGGGUGGCACUCUGUCCAUUUUCCAGGGCAUGUGUGUGCUUGGGUAUUGCAUGUUCCCGCUUGUUUGUGCAUGCAUUCUUCUUCGCUUCGUGGGUUAUCUCACCACCCACCUCGCCGUUCGCUUCGUUGUUGCUGGCCUCGGCCUCGCGUGGAGUAUAUACGCGAGUGUUGGCUUCGUUGCUGCCAGCAGUCCCGUUGCUCGCCGCGCCCUUGUUGUGUAUCCAAUCGUGCUCUACUACGUCUUCAUCGCGUGGCUCAUCCUCAACGACGUGGGCGGUGCGCCAUCUGCAUCCCCGCCAUCGCCGACCACCGCAACACCUCAACCACCACCAGCAACCACGACACAAGCGCCCGCGUGA